AUGGCGUUCUCCGUUUUGCUGUACGGCCCCCCACAAGCGUCUUGGGACUCGUCUGGAGUCGGGAACCAGGAGGCCAGCGGUGGGUCAGGGAACCAGGAGGCCAGAGGUGGGUCAGGGAACCAGGAGGCCAGCGGUGGGUCAGGGAACCAGGAGGCCAGCGGUGGGUCAGGGAACCAGGAGGCCAGCGGUGGGUCAGGGAACCAGGAGGCCAGCGGUGGGUCAGGGAACCAGGAGGCCAGCAGUGGGUCAGGGAACCAGGAGGCCAGCGGUGGGUCAGGGAACCAGGAGGCCAGAGGUGGGUCAGGGAACCAGGAGGCCAGCGGUGGGUCAGGGAACCAGGAGGCCAGCAGUGGGUCAGGGAACCAGGAGGCCAGCGGUGGGUCAGGGAACCAGGAGGCCAGCGGUGGGUCAGGGGAACCAGGAGGCCAGCGGUGGGUCAGGGGAACCAGGAGGCCAGCGAUCAGAGGAAGAAUCCAGGCAGGUGGAGGUGAUCACAGCAGCACAGUCCAGACAAAGAGGUAG